GUUAUGUCCUUUUCAUAUUCUGUCAUUUCUGUAAUGUUCACAGGUGCAGCUUUAAAGCCAUUCAUCACUACACUUGAGCAAACAAAAGACUGGUCACGGCUACAGUGUGAAGUUAAUGGAGCUUCUCCAAAACCUAAAGUAGAGUGGAAGGACAGUUCUGGAAACAAACUUCCUGCUGAAGAACCACAGGUCACAGACAGAGGAGGCAGCUAUGACAUCAUCCUCCAAACUACUGUGACCAAGACGGACUACUAUCACUGUGUGGUCACACAGGAGGAAAUCAACCAUCAGACUGAGGCAAAGAUUCAUGUGUAUAUCGGGGGGCUCUCCAUUGUGACGGUUGUUGUUGCAGUUGUUAUUGCUGUUCUCUGCACUCUUUUGGUUGUUGGUGUUGUUCUAGCUGCCAAGCGUUUUAUCACACAAAAGCAUGAAGACAGCGAGAAGAGAAAACCCCUCAAUGACUCAGUCAGUCAGUCAGAGCAGCUACAGCCUCCACAAACUUCACCUGUGAUCUGAACAUCUUUCCAUGGUUUGAGGUUUGACUGAAGCUCUUUUUAUUUCCCUCAUCUUGUGUCUUCUUCUUCUGUGAAUGCUUUUAAUGGAGAAUCAGCUCCAUCUGCUGUUUAUCUUGAGUGAUGACUCCAAAUAUUCACAGAACAUUAGUGCAUGGAAACACACAGGACUUUGUAUUUCAUUUGCUGGUUUUCUGGAAAUCCUGUUAAACUUUGAGCCUCAUUUGGAAACUUGACUUUUCACUGGGUCUGUGAGUGUGGACGUUCUGAACAACACAACAACUCUUCUGCCCUCAGAGGUUGUCGGACAACACGUCGUAUGAAUGAGUUUGUUUGGAGCGUACCUGCCUGUAAAAUACACUCAGGGCAAAAAGCUCAACACUAACAGUCCAUUAACCAAAAUGUGUUUGAUCUUUCCCCAAACAUCUGACCUCAUCUAUACAGUUAUCACACUGCAGUUUCCCCAGGACACAUUUUAUUGGAAUUAUCACUGAAUAUAAUCUGUUAGAAAUGUUUCAUAUAAAUGUGAAUGUUGUGUCUGGUGAUGAGGUUGGUUUAGUCACAGGAGUUUUUAUUUUGGUUUCAUUUCUUAGUUUAUUUAAUCUGAACCAUGCACUUUAAUAUGCAUUACUGUUGGCCUUACAAAAUAAAAGUUGGACCACAUGUAGGUUCAGUGAUGAGAACGAGACAAAGGUCAGUAACAUGAGCCCCUUUUACACUGACUGUUCAAGGAGGGAGUGUCGCCCCGUUACUCCUCCUCACAGUUCUGUGAGAAUUAAAUGAACAGUUUGUGUUGAACUCUGAUGUAUAAUGUGUAUAUAGUGACUGAGUUCAGCUCUUGUGCAGCUUUAAAGGCGACUUCUUGCACUCUGUUCUAUGUUGAUUUUAUUCUUUUAUUUUGUAUUCUAAUUAUUUUUAUCUCAUUUUAUUAGAUUGAUUUAAUUCCAGGCAGCACAGUGUCAAGUCAAAGUGUUGUUGAGGACAUUAUACUGUAGUACCUGAUGAAUAAGAUGCAGCUCCAUAGAAACUGAUGAACAUGUGAUAAAUAAUGAGACAGUAAAGCAGGAGAAUAGAACAAGUGAUGGAAAUAAAAUAAUAAAGUAAAACACAGCAGAAUUAAAAUGGAGCAAGACUGAAAUGUGAAUAUUUUGGAGCUAAAGUGAAAUAUAAUGGGACUUAUUGUUUAUUUUGAUAUUGAUCAUUGGGACAAACAUGUACUGCUUCUUUUUAUUUGUUAAGGUGCUAAGCCAGAGUCUGUCAGCUACAGUUACACACUGAA